GAAUGAAUGGGGCGUGGAUGUUAGAUAAGAGAAAACAUUUAAAAAUAACGCAGUAGUUCAUUACAUGCAAUCUGUUUAGAUUUUAUAUAAGUUAUUUAUGUGUGGAUAUUGAAAGCCCGGCUUUUAGUCGGCUGCUGGUCGAAGAUUACGGUCGGAUCCUACCCAGAAUAUCGUCAGGCUUGUCUGAACAGUACUCGACCAGAUCCCAACAUGCGUCUUAAGAGCCCUCUCAAUGUAAAAACGUGACUCAAGCAUGCUGAUUUUGAAAUCUCAGUCGCAACUACUUCUGGUAACGUACUCGGAGUUUUCAGACAAUGAAAAACCAAAUUCUCUCGUAGAAAAUCGAAAGCAAGAUUGAGUCUGAUAAUCAAAAAUAUUUGGUUAUUCAAACAUAGGUGAUUGAAAAAAGGAUAUGAAAAAUUUUGAGUCCCCGUGAACUGUAAACUCUAAAGUAUAAAACGACGCUGUUUACCGCGAUACUCGGCGUAUAAAUACACGUGGUUAAGUUAAAGAACAAAAAGACAUAAAUCAGGCGUAAUCGCAACGGCCGUACUAUAAAUCGUCCAAUAGAGCUUGGCAGCAAGAAGCUCGGGGCGUUAGACGUCAGCUGAAAGUACUACCGGAUAUCUAAACGGAUACUAUCGAAUUGGCCAUGGCCGACGACGUGAUCCAGAAAAAAGGCCGGUCGGCUUCGAUCUGUGCACCCGGCUUCUCGACGAUGGAACAAAUACUGGGCGCGAUUCCUCCGUCGGGGGUUAAGGAGGGAAACGUUAGUAGUGGUGGUGGUGGUGGUGGUGGUGGUGGUGGUGGUGGUGGCAAUGGUGCUGGAACUCCUGAGAAUAGCACACCCACGAGGAGGCGCAGACCCGCCACGAGGUCCCAAAGCGCACGAGUUUCUGGAGCCAAUAAAAGCAUCCGACGAAAAGCUGCUGCUCAAGCCGCUGCACAGCACAACCAUCAGGAAGGGGGUGUAAAGUCAGCCCACUGCAACAGUGAGCCUCGCCUGUCGGAGAACGAUGUCAGUCCAGGUCUCAGGAGGCGCAACAGUCGUCGCGGUCAAAGCAUGCACCAUGCCCACCAUAGAAAGAGCGCUGCUUUCCUUGACGUGCCUGAUACACCGGCGCAACAACCCCAACGCGAGGAAGGCGAAGAUGAGGAUAGCUACAGAUUGCGCAGUUUUAGCCUUACCAGCAAGGGAGUCAUCAACAGAGGCGACUCGUUCAGAAGGAGGCGUUCACGUUCGAAUUCCUUGGUUCCUGCCGAGCAAGAAACUGUGCAAGCGAAAGCUCCAUCAUCGACGGAAAUCGUCUCGUAUACUGUUGCUAUUCUGGGUACUCAAGGCGUUGGAAAAACCGCCCUGAUCAGCCAAUUUAUGACUAGCGAGUGCAUCAACGCCUACGAUCGUCAAAAAGACAUACCAAGUGAACAGUCCGUCUUCAUAAUGCUGAACGGUGAAGAGAGCGAAUUGAGAUUUUUAAACAUCACAAACCCGAAGGCGGAGUUGGAUAAGAUAUCACAACCUGGCGCCUUCGUCGUGAUGUAUUCAGUUAUUGACAAGGCGUCUUUCCAACGAGCUGAAGAAUACUUGGCAUACUUACACGAUCAGGAUCUCCUUCGAGGAAGGCCAGCCAUCUUGGUUGGUAACAAGAUUGACUUAGCUCGGUCAAGAGCAGUGUCGUCGCAAGAUGGCAAGUGUAUGGCCUGUACUUAUCGUGCAAAGUUCAUCGAGGUGUCCGUCGGCAUCAAUCACAAUGUGGACGAACUCUUAGUAGGGAUUCUGAAUCAAAUUCGAUUGAAGUGGAUACACGCCAGUUCCGAAAACCGUGGUGGAGGCGGAAGCGAUGGAAGCGGCCAUUGGUACAAGUCAAGAGGAGUGGUCAGAGCGAGCAUGAAGGCGCGCCAGAUGUUUACCUGGUUGUUUGGUAAAGAGGACAGCAAGUUCAAGAAUUGUGAAAAUCUUCACGUCUUGUAAUCGUAAGAUUGGCUGGACGACGCGAGGCUAACCGCAGCGAGUUAUGAUCGAGAAAAAAAACGUAUAAUACGUGUUUCCGUCGUAUGGAAUGGAAGGCAAUAGUAUAUUGUGUGACAAGGGAUCGCCAAAUUUUGGCCCGAGUUACACGCGUUAGUUUUUAUAACAAGCGAAUGAAAAAUGUUGGAGCUUUGCGUGGUAGUCUUCGACUACUCUAGUCCUGCUAAACCGCUACGCAAAGCCCAACUUUUCACGCACGUGCGAUAAGAACGAAAUUUACGCACGCAAGUCCUUUGCUGUGAUAUAGGGACUUGUGAGUAAAAAAUUUAACCGAGAUUCUGGUGACGGUUACAGGAUGGAUUUUUUUGAUCUUGGAGCCGUAUUUGCAACUUACAAGCAUCGUAAGCCAAAAAACGGAAAGCUAGCGAAAGAAAUUUUCUGAUAGAAUAUUGAGGAUGCAACUACAAGCGCGGUGACCUAAUUUCUUUACGAAAUAGUCCCAUGAGAAAUCGUGAGAUAGCUACAAAGCUAACUUGUUUCACUAGCACUAGCACUUGAUAUCAAAUUUUUUUAUGCGGAUGUUAGCAUGAUCUAACGGUCAAGCAAAAGCAGCAAUGUAUGGCGCAUUUCGUACCAAAUCAACUCUCACAAUUAGAAACUUUUAUUAAUCCUAUACUCCUAGAUUUAUAAACUUUGUUUUCGGGAAAUAAUGAUUGACUCACAAUCAUUUGAACCUAUUAAAAGUCUCACUGCUUCCUUGAUUAUUGAAAAAUUCUACAAGAUAUCGGUACCUUAAAAUGUAAGGAUUCGUUUCUUCGUUUAAUAUGUAUAACAAUAUUAUCUCGAUCUUAUCUAUAAUUUUUCACCGAAUGGUUCUCGGUUCGUUAUAAGUAUGAGAAGUACAUAUCAACGGGAGAGCAUAUCUGAGUUUGAUCGUGUCAUCAAAUUAAAAAAUGAAUCUCUAGUUUAUAAUAAGUGUGCCUCAAAAAUUUGGAUUAUCGAUCAAUCUUCCUGCUAGCAAAGUCCCCAAGAAGGUGAUCGAGGUAUAAGUUAAGUUUGGUACGAAGAAGCAUGGUAUUGGGUACAAAAAGGUUAGUUUUCCUAUUUUUGAAUUUAUCGCUUUUGAAGCAAAAAUCGAUCUGAUACGUUCAGAAUAUAGAAAUAACGAUAGAAUUGUCUUUGUUAAUUACCUGGAGAAUGCUUGUGGCGAUACCAACAAACAAAAUAAGGUUAACCGAGUACCGACCGCAGUAGCGUCGCUCUAACGAGUCAGUCUACGGAAUGAGAAGACUUGAGUUUAAAUCCCCAGCGUGUUGGAAAGGAUCUGAGUGGCAGAUCGCAAAAAUUGUAAGGCACAGUUCAGACGCCAAAUCGGCAAACUGAGGUUUAAACUCGAUCCGGCUCCACCUGGGCAAGGUUUUCCACAGUUUUCCUCACUCCCUGUACUAAUGAGGUGGUUUCUAUCGAACAUAAUAAGACGGCUGCACACGCAUAAUGAUGGUUACUAAACCCCAUCCCUCUCUCGUCUUGCACAAGCCAAUCGCUUAUACGGGGACGCGUCCGAAAGGAUAUGGCGAGUUUGGUUGUAGUUAUUAUUAAUAUUAUUGAUGUUGUUACUAUUAUUAUUAUUAUUGUCAUUCUUACUAUCAUUAUUCUUGUUUGUAUUAUUAGUAUGAUGAUUAUUAUAAACCUUAUUAUUCUUAAUCUUACUCUUAUUAUUCGUCUUUUUUUUCUUGGUAUUUUCAGUCUUAUUACUAUUAUUACCACUAUUAUUGUUAACUAUACAUUAGAAUGGUAGGUGAACGGACAGUGAGGUUUUAGAAUGACAAUUUUCACUUAUUUUCCUUAAAUGACGAUAGAGGCGAUAUUUACAAAGUUUAUCAUGGGUCGUUGUGAACACAGCGAUGCGAUGUCGUCAAUGUUUAAUAACGAACUGACGUACAAACAAGUGAAAUUUGAUUUGAUAUUUACAUUGGAAACACAUGUCAACGCAUCUUGUUUCCUUAAUCGAUAGCACAAAGUAGCCUAUAUAACCAGAGGAGACACUUGUGGCCAAAUCUUUAAUGUAUUUGAUUCAGACCCGCCAUGUUCUGAGGGCAUUUCAAUGGAACGAAAAUUUAAAUGGAUAUCGCAAUUCCUGUGUAUUAGCCACCAUAUGCUCAAGGCAUUUUCGCACACGCACAAAACACAUGCGCAAAAUGGUUGGAAUCAAUACGACUUCCGAGUGUCUCCUCUGGUUGUCCGUACUCCGUGCCGAUAGUUCUAUCUAUUUUUCGGCCAAACGUGUACAAGAAUAUUCUGAAAUUCCACUGCCUAGGACCCACAAUGAAUACGAAACACAGUUUCAAAUAUCUCUAAGAAAUGAACAAUUCUAACAUUAAUGAAGGACAUAUAACCAUCUCAUUUAAAUGUUUUGUCUUUCUUUUACGAAUGUUUUCACUCAAGUUACACUUAAGUCGGUGGCUCAUAGAUGAAACCAACUUACAAACAAAAAGAAAUCCCCACUCCACACUGAGAAAAAUACGGCUAUGCCAACCAGAUUUCUGGUUCUUGAAACC